GUUACAUUCGUUACAGAGGGAAGAAAAAAACGUACCUUUUUGCAAUUCCCCUUUUCGGUUUGGUUUGGGAUUUCUGGUGCGAUAAUCCCGAUCUGCAGGCGACGAUUGCUCCGCUCCCGAUUUUUAUCCAUUUUGUUUGAUCGGAUUCGGAAGGGGGCGUGGACGAUGCAGAAGACGGCGCAGGCGUGGUUCUCCGGCGGGCCCAGCGAGCGCGAUCCGGCGCCCUCCUCGUCCUCGCUCCUCGCCGACUGGAACUCCUACGCCGCCUCCAGGGCCGCGGAGGACGGCGGCUCCUCCGUGCUCUCCUCCUUCGACAUCGAAGCUGCCGUCAGGACCGCCAACGACAAGGUCACCGACACCUUCAGCGUUGUUACUAAAGGCGUUAGGGAAUUACCCGGAAGCUUCCAGACUGCUACCAGCAGCGUUCCAUCUGGAAAAUCUCUGAUGUACUUCAGCUUGCUCCUUGCUAGUGGCUUCUUUCUAGUUUUCAUUGCGUUCACCAUGUUUCUUCCGGUCAUGGUGCUGAUGCCUCAGAAGUUUGCCAUCUGUUUUACUUUGGGGUGUGCAUCUAUUGUUGGAUCUUUCUUUGCUCUUAAAGGCCCCAAGAAUCAGCUCAAGCACAUGUCUUCAAGGGAGAGACUUCCUUUCACUUUGGGAUUUGUUGGCAGUAUGGUUGGCACCAUUUAUGUGUCAAUGGUGCUUCAUAGCUACAUUCUGUCGGUUCUAUUCUCUGUCUUACAGGUUCUUGCACUUGCAUACUAUGCAAUCUCAUAUUUUCCUGGAGGAUCUGCUGGCCUGCGGUUCCUUUCAGCAACGAUGACAUCCUCAAUACUCCGAUGCUUCGGAAGAUAAAGCAAUUGUACAUAUAAUCAGCAAAUUCAGUUUCGAGAUCAUCCAAUGGAGAAUGUGAUUGGUCAGAAACUUUUCAGCUUUAAACUGGAUCCUAGAGUUCUUGGCUCAGCCCACUGGUGAACAAUUGGAAGCUUUUCGAUUUUCAAUUUGAUUAUUGAAGUUGUAGCACACAGUGCAAAUUCUGAAACACCUUUUUGCUUACUUUCUCCGCAGUAAUUGUGGGUGUAGUCAGUGUUAGUUAACAUUGUUUAAUUAUAAACAUAUCAAGAUUAAUCCUCCUUGCUGCUAUUUCAAUGAUCAA